AUGAGCAAAUGCACUGAAGUUGAUGGUAUACUUGGUUUUAUUUCAGUGAAAAACUUGAGGUGUAGAGACUAUCUCAGUGGUGGCUACAGUUCCACCUCUGGUCUGGCUGCCAUGUAUCAUGGGCAAAUAGCUAGUAAAAGGCCCUCUAAUCCCACACAGAUGUACCAGCAACCUCCAAGGCUUCUCAUUGUGCAUAUUGCUCUACCAUCCUGGGCUGAUGUCUGCUCCAACCUCUGUGAGGCUCUGCAGAACUUUUUCUCUCUAGCCUGCAGCUUGAUGGGCCCCAGCCGCAUCCCUCUCUUCAGCUUAUACAUUGUACAAAAUCAGCACGAGUGCAUCCUCCCUUUUGUGCAAGUGAAAGGGAACUUUGCUAGGCUGCAGGCCUGCAUCUCAGAACUCCGCAUACUGCAAAGAGAAGGUUGUUUCAGACCACAAGGCACUUCUCUGCAGUUGGCAAUAGAGGAUGGGCUCCAGCAGUUCAAACAGUACAGCAGACACAUGAGCACAGGUGCAGCUCUGACCUACAGUUCCCUGGAGAUUACCGUUCUGACUUCACAGCCUGGAAAAGAGGUGGUCAAACAGUUGGAGGAAGGAUUGAAAGAUACAGACCUAGUCAGGAUCAGGAAGCUUCAGGUGGUUGAGAUCACGAAGGGAGUCCUAGAAUGUAUUAACUCAGCAUCCCCUGUUGAAGAGCCCAGCAAUGAGGAGAGUUCUAUCCUGGCAACUGACAUUGAUCUUCAGACUAUAGAUAGUGAUAUUGUCAGCAUGGAGAUUUUCUUCAAAGCCUGGCUGCAUAACAGCGGAACAGAUCAAGAACAUGUUCACCUCCUUCUUCCUUCACGGAGUAUCAGCAACAUUUCCAGAACCAGAGAUGAUUCAAUGUGCCUGAAAUGUGAUCUCCAAGAACGACUUCUCAGCCCAUCCCUACUCCCUGGAACAGCUGAUGGCUCCUUGAGGAUGGAUGACCCCAAAGGAGACUUCAGCACCCUCUACCAGAUGGUUUCCCAGUCAUCAGCCUCUUGUUACAAGCUCCGGGUGAUCAAGGCUCUAAAAUCCAGUGGGGUCUGCGAAUCAUUGACAUAUGGACUCCCCUUCAUCCUCAGACCCACAAGCUGUUGGCGGCUGGAAUGGGAUGAGCUGGAAACAAAUCAGCAGCAUUUCCAUGCUUUGUGUCACAGCCUACUGAAAAGAGAAUGGCUGCUAUUGGCCAAGGGAGAGCCCCUGAACCGAGAACACAAACUGAGAGAGCCCGCUAGCACCUUCUACGUGAUCCUGCCAUCCCACUCUCCCACUCUGCUGGUGAAGGCAGUGGCCACUCGGGAACUGAUGCUGCCCAGCCCUUUCCCCCUGCUACCUGAGGACAUGCCUGCUGACAGCCUUAAGGCUGUGGAGAGCAUGCUUGAUGACCUUGAACUAGAAUCCACCUACAACCCCUUGCAAGUCUGGAGCCACCUGUACUCACACCUGAGCAGCACCUUUGCCAACCCUCAUGGCCGGUUCCACCCAAGCUCGAAGAGCCGGGCUGUAAGAAAGGCUGAGCCUUUGCAAAUAAAUCGAGUGCGAGCUACAGUGGCCCCUCUGCAUAUGACUCCAGCCCCUGGCAGAGCCCCCAAGAUGCCAGCAGCCAGCAAAGCUUCCUCAGAAGUCUUCUUCCAGCCUCCUAUGGAAGAGAAGGAGGAAGAAGAGGCAGAGGAGGAGUAUCCCUCAGGGCCCUAA